AUGGGGUCGGGUGGCGUUUGUGAUGGCAAAAUUUUUGCAAAUGCACGGUCACUGACAUUAGCACCAACAAUGGACCAGCAAUUCUGUCUACGCUGGAACAACCACCCGAACAACCUGACUGAUGUUCUUGCGAGCCUGCUACAAAGAGAGGCUCUGUGCGAUGUCACCCUUGCUUGUGAUGGGGAAACAGUCAAGGCGCACCAGACGAUACUAUCAGCGUGUUCGCCUUAUUUUGAAAGUAUAUUCAUGCAAAACUCACAUCCACAUCCAAUAAUAUUCCUCAAAGAUGUACGAUUCUCAGAAAUUAAAUCUCUUUUGGAUUUCAUGUACAAGGGUGAGGUCAAUGUUGGCCAAAAUAUGCUACCUAUGUUCCUAAAAACUGCUGAAAGUUUACAAGUUAGGGGUUUAACGGAAAAUAACACAUUAAAUCCAAAGUCCGAGGAUCGAUCGACGCCAUCAGUUAGUGCCGAAAAUCUUUCUCGUACGGAGUCUUUCGCCACGCCUCCUACGGCACAUUGUCCCCCACCGGCCCCACACACGCCUCUGACGGCCGCUCCACCUGCACACCCCUCGCAUCCCUCGCACGCUGGGAAGAGACGCAGAGCGAAUUCUGCCGUACCCAGGGAUGACGUCGAACUACCACCCUACCGCCAUUAUGAGGGGCAUGUGAAAGUGAAGAGCGGCUCGACGGGUUCGGGCUCGGAGCCGUCCACGCCGCCGCCGGCGCACGCGCUUGGCCGCGCCACGACGCCGGCGCUGGUGAAGCAGGAGCGCCCCGAGGCCGACGCGCACGCGCCGCACGCGCCCUACGCGCCGCAUACGCCGCUGCACCCGCCACCGCACUUCGACCAGGGCCACCUACAGAGCACUGGCUGGAUUCAGGCGGCAUGUGAGGAAGAAUCUAAGUGCGCGUUAUUGGAUCUCAGCCCUAACCGACCUAGUAGCAACAUUCUCGCCUCGAUCCUCGCGCGGCCACCCGAACAAAUCGAUCCACCCGUAAAAGGAGCCAGACGAUCUCCUCUUAAUCCUAAAAAAAUAGGCAAAUUCCGCGCGAGUUGGUUAACGCUUUACCCUUGGUUAAAAUACGACAAAUCUCAAAACAUUAUGUUCUGCACAUAUUGUAGAAAAUGGUCACACGAGUUAACAGUCAACAGAUCGUCUUUUAUAGAAGGCAAUGCUAAUUUUAGACUAGAAAUCGGUAUUGGAACAGAAAUGGCCUCGAUGUUGGCCAACACCCAGCAGAGUCUAAACAAUGAAUGCAACGAUAAUGAGCCUAUCCUGCAACCACACCCAGAUCAGACAGAUACCAUAGAUGGCUCAAAGGGCUGGCACAUGCGGCUGACGUUCGAGCGGGUGGCGGGUGCGCUCAACCUGCACCGCUGCAAGCUGUGCGGCAAGGUGGUGACGCACAUCCGCAACCACUAUCACGUGCACUUCCCGGGGCGGUUCGAGUGCCCGCUGUGCCGCGCCACGUACACGCGCUCCGACAACCUGCGCACGCACUGCAAGUUCAAACACCCCGCGUACAACCCUGACACGCGCAAGUUCGAGCCGCCGCCGCCGCCCGCGCCCGCGCCCCCGCACGGCCCGCUGUUCGCCAACCCGCUGGACGCGGGCUUCGAUUGA